AGGAGCAAAAAUACUGUUAACUAUUCUGACAGCAACUCAAACUAUGAAAGUGAUGGUAUGUGUGAUGUAUAAAUUUGGUCUUCUUUUUUGAAUUGGGAGUAAAAAGAUUUGUUUAUUUUUAUUUAUUCAUGUUCAAGUUUUCCUGUGUGACACGCUAUCAUAUACAGAGAAUCAGAAAUAUAGUAGAAAUAAAGCCGAAUCCUAAAAUCGCCCCAUUAAUAAAUUAAUAAAUUACUUGUUGUAUUAUAGGAACAAGACUUUUUUUCAACUAUAGGCCCUCUGGUUCGAUUCCUGCCCGAAACUGGGCAGUGUUUUUCGAUGUUUAUAAGUUUAUAUUUGUUUUUUCGCAUUUUGGUCGGAGAAAAGCACAUUUCGGGCUUGGUAGUACAGGAUAUCCGUCGAAGUCAAUUAGUUUUUCUCACGUCUGAUUUUCCGGCCAUUUUUUUGGGGCACUGCCGCUCCCACGUACGAGAGUCUGCGCACCACGAAAUACAACUUUUCAGUGUUGCAGUUGUUUGCAUAAUGGUAUAUUUACAGUUACGACUUUUAAAAGUCGCUUUUCACGUUGUUUGAAUUGUCUAGAAUCUUUCACGAGGCAGACAGCACCCCCAAAAUGGCGGAUUUUGGCCUUCGUGAUUUACUACAGUAUCUAUCACUGUGUUUCACUGUGUUUCACUAUCUUUAGUAUCGAUAGUGUGGGAUUUUCAAAUUUUUGGCUAGUUUUUCCAGUUUAAAAAUUGUCUUCACUGCUCAGUUUGUUGCUAAAAAAUAACUCCUUUGGACCACGGUCAAGAUAUCGUAAAAAGUUGCCCGCUUCUGCAGCCAAUCAGAUUGCAGGAAAUCAAACAAUAUCGCUAGCCAAGGCGUGCACAAAUAAAAAAAUAGGUACGCGACGCGUAUAUAUGCAUCUGCGAAAAACUUGAUUCACAUUUUGUACUUUGCAAAGCAAAAUGACAAUGUAAUGUAAUGAGGCUCGGGAGGGUGGAGAUUCUUUUAUUAACAUUUGAAAAUGUUUAUAAAAAUUUUGUUUAAUUAUAAACUCUGACGUGUAAAACCAAAAUGUAUAAGUAUUUUAAGUUAACUGAUAACAUCUUUACCUUUGCUUCAACACUACAUUUGAUGACAGCUUAGUUGGACUGUUGUUUUGAACAGAGUUACAGAAAUACAGGGCCAGGAUUGAAUUCAAUAUCUCCUGAGACCAUUAGUUUCCUUUGAUAUUGUUCAUUGGCAAUAUUGCCUGGUAUGUUUUGACUGUUUAAAAUAUUACAGAAGUCACAGAAGGAUUGUUUUACUGUAUAUAAAUCUUUUUGUGAACUAUGUUAUAUAUGCAAAAUUAUAUGUGGGAUUUGCACAAAUUUGGUAUUUAAAUAUAUAAUAAAAAUAUGUGGUAUUGACUACUUACCAGAUGAGGAUAAGUUUCCAUGUUGAUAGAUAACUUCGGCAUAAUAUCGCAAGUAGAAUGGCGAGAAAACAAGACAGACAUUUCAAGAUAAAUUGAUAUAAUCAAUUUAUUUUUGAAAGAAUAACACAAGGCCAAACGAUGCCCGUUCGCAGGUUAGAUGCGGGCACGUAUAAACAAUUGAUGUAAACUAAUCGCUGAUUGGCUUAAAUUGGCUCAAUUAUAUAAGCUCGUCGCUGAAUGGCUAUGUGCUGACAUGUGAAUGGGUAUAGUACUGAAUGUGUAAGAUGUAUGCUUAUAUGCAUGUACUGUUAUUUCAUUGGCUCAAAGUUAUUUAAAUCACUUAACCUGAGUAUCAGGCCCUUAUGUUUUCAUUCGCCAGGAUUAAUUGGCGGCGGCGAAUGAAGGAGGGCCUGAUACAAUUCUUUACCGCGGCGCAUGUAAAAAGCCAGAUUCUGGCUUUUUCGUCUGAUUGGCCGAUUAGACAAACGAUUUUUAAAUCUGUCAUUUGAUUGGCUGGUGCUAAUUAGAUUAUACUAAUACUAUUGUUGUUGAUCGAUUUUAUAACGAUCACAACUACAGUUAUAGUCGGCCUACUAAACGGCUGAAUUUAAAUUAAAACUGCAGUAAAAUUAGAAAAUAAUCGCAAAUUAGCGAAAUAUAUUGCAAGUGUAGCUUAUAGUAAAUCGCCAUUAGGUUGCACUAUCGACUAACUGACGUAUAGUUAUAAAGUAUACUUCUAUAGUUAUAUAUAUAUACUUUAUAAUUAUACGUCAGUUUGUUGAUAUAUACGGUAAGCGCCAUGUAAAGCUCAUUGAACCCUCUGCGGAGGAGAGAGCAAUCGGGUGGCGAUUUAAUAUAAGCUACAUUUGCAAUAUAUUUCGCUAAUUUGUGAUUAUUUUUGUUAAUUUUAUAAGUUCAUUGCAGUUUUAAUUUAAAUUCAGCCGUUUAGUGGGCUACCUAUGCUAUAAUUAGAUUGUUGUUGUCGUUGUGUGAAAUUUAAAUUUCUCCUGCGACAUUUUGAUUUGAUACUAAAUAUAAACUUUGCUGUGGGUGGAAAGCGAUCAGGUUAAGUUUUGUGUCAGGCUCUAUUUGUAAAAUAGAGGCUGAUACUCAGGUUACAAAUCACUACACUACUCAGACUACCUAUACUAGACCUUUCUGAGUAAUGAAAUAUCUUCCGUUGAUCUUAAAUGUACUGUACUGUACUGUACUGUACUGUGUUGUACUGUAAAGUACGUUUAAUAAAGUACAUGCAUAUGGAGUUAACAUUCAAUUUUGUGGUUUCUAUACAUGUACAGUAAGUUCGGGUGUUUGCAGUAUUGAAAUUGUAUCGGACGUUAUUCAAAUCUAAUAAAUUUAGAUGAUUUAUUAAUAGGAGGCAAAUGUCUAUGUAUUACAGAUAGAUAGAUUUUUUCUAUCCGAUGUAAAUAUGAAUCGACAAUUAUCUGUUGCUUGCAGACGACUUUGAAGUUGAGUUUGAACCGCGAUCAAAAAAGGCUAAAACCAACGAGGUCAUUAAAAAGGAUGCAAUAAAACAAGGGAAAAGUGAGAGGAAAAGUCCAGCACAAAGGUAUAAUAUGUUGCAUGAUGACAUCAUCUUAAUUAAUGGAUGAAAGUUCAUGAGAAGGGCAGAAGGCUGUUUGAAUUGGAACAUGUUGCUUAGAUUUUUUACUACAUUGUAAGAAAUCACCACACUCGUAGACUUUUAAUCCACAUACUGUAGUUGUUAAAUGAGUUGUAUUCAUAUAUAACUGGAGUGGUAUUUUCAGAAGUAGCUAAUACACUAGAUGAAUUCAAUUAUAACAACCGCAUAGAGGAUUACGUCUUAAUAUCUGCUAGACUGCUGUCUGCCUGUCUUUGACCAUAAUAUCAGGCUGCUGGAGUGCCGCCUGUACCGGUAUAUUGGAAUCUUGUAUUACUUGCAUGUUGCAAACAUCACUAGUUCACUACCGACAGCUUAUUAUUCAAUUAUGUCAUUUUUUCUCAUUUUCUUCCUUUCUGUUUUUCCUUUCUUUCUCUUUACUUUUUUUUCUUUUGAGAUUUUUAAGUUUUACCCUCCAUUUUUUUUCUGCCAACCUCAAAAAUUUUCUGUGACCAAUGGUCCUGCGGUUCGCUAUAUAAUGCAGCCCUGACUAUGAGUUCAGUUUGGUCUUGGGAAUUCUAUAAAUGUAGACACACAUUAAUAUCAGCACAAUUAGAAAAGUCAUUUGAAUCUUGGCAAUGAAUUUCCGAAACCCCACUGCGAAAACCCCGCACUUGAUUACACAUUUCCAGUCCACAUGUUAUUCACAUUACUCUGAAUCUCCAUUUAACAUACGAGCCUCUAGUCCUGGACUAAGGUGCAUUUUGGUUUACGUUGGACAAAGUUGCAGUUAGGUCAGACACCAAUUCACUCGGAUCGGACAAACAAUAAACCUGAGUUUCACUUAGGUUGGAUCGAAUGUCCAUUGAUUUCCUCUCUACGUCGGACAAGUUCACGAAUGGGUCGGACAGCACAUGACAAUAAAUAAGUUCAAAAAUAUAGUCCCAAAUGUGAAGAUUCUUGAGUCGUGAGCCAGAAGAUAUACGUGCUUCUCCUGUCCAUGUUAACAAUCGUUUCCAUUGCUGAGUGGCGAAGCCUGUGCUGUACAGUAUAUCGCUCGAUAAGUUUAUUUCUGAUAUUACUUCUGGAUUACAUUUCAGGCUUUCUGUCGAGGAAAAGGUCUAUAAAAGAGAUAUAGAGAAAGCUCUCGAAAUUUCUCUUUCCAACCCUAUGUCGUCUAAUGAAGAACAAGAUGACGAUGAUGUUGUAAAAGCCAAAACAAAGAAAUCACCCACAGAAGGUCUGUAUUGCACUCUAAAUUAAACCUUUUGAAAUUGAGAGAAAGUGUUUAAUAAAAAAAGCACGUUGAUGGCAGCACGAAUUGAUAUAAAACGGAAAUAUCCCAUUAAUCACAGCUGUUAAACUUAAAUUUAGACACGUGAACACCAGACCUGUACCAAUGCUGUUUCAACAACUUGUUAUCAGGAUGCGGAUCGCAUUGCUUUGUCCCAGUUUAUUGACAAGAUUUGAACAGGUCCUUGAAAACCUGCUACAAGGCCGUUAAUUCCAGCAACUUGUUAUUGUCUUGUCAUUCAACAACUUGUUAACAAGUUGUGAGUGACAAUCUUGUAACAACUUGACAGACUGACAUGGUUUUUACAGCUUGUUAAAAAAAGCUUCCUAGAAGCGAAUUGCGAACACAACUUGUCGAAAAGUUGUCAGAUUUUUACAUGUUUAUACAUUGCAAUUAGCCUUUCCCCAAAAGAGAUCACAGUGCAUUCCGGGAUCGUUUGGAGGGACAAAAUAUAUGGUGACAGGCGUCAAUAUCAAAUAUCAAAUACCAACAUUUUAGACGACCAAAAAUGAAAUAUCUCCUUUUUACAUAAAACUUUUAAUUUAAAUCUGUGCUAUCAUAUUUCUUGUCCCUCUAACGUGGGAUUUGCGCGACUAGACCCAGGACUUUGGGAAUUGGCUAAUAGACCACGUGAUGAAUGCAGAAGUGUAACUCACUUAUUUCCAACUCGGACUUCGGACUCAAAUAUUUUUACUCUGUUAUUUCAAACUCUCUGCUACAGGGGCGGAUCAAUGCUCAUCUCACAGGAGGGGUGCAGAUUUCCCUGGGGGGGGGGGUGCAUUGGUGCGCUGCCCUUACCAAAGGGGCUGACCGCGGGGUGUUGUAUAUAUUUUUGGCAUAUCGCAAUAACCCCUGUUUUGUGACCCCUGCCCAUGUGAUCAACUGAUCAAGUAUUUAAGUCCCUGAGCUGGGAAGGACAAUUAGAAACCUCAAAUGCUCUGCUAGUACUUUAGUAACUAGCUAAAUUAAUGCACACAGUAUAUUUGCAAAGUAUAAUUUAUUCAUUAUUUAAUAAUUAGUAGUAUAAAGUUAUAAAAUAUAUAGUUGUAUAGCUUUUCAGUAUAGCUUCCUUAGAAUAUUUAAAAUUGGUGAAAAUCGUAUAGUAAUAAACUAACAAAGUUUUUAAUAAAUAAAUGAAAUAAUGAAUAGUUUUUUCAAGUUCUCAAUUUAGUAAUAAGUACGUUAUAUAUUUUAUAUAGUUAGACUAGUUAGGCAGUUAAUGACUUAGACCUUAGCCCACCUAUUGCGCAUGUUUCCCCAUGCUGUUACGACUUCGUCCAAAUCCAGCAAAUCAACAACAUCUCUGUUUAACGAAAUGCAUAAAAGAUCACUUAAUCUUUCUGGACGAAGGGUGGAUCGCAGCUUCGUGCAGAUACGAUUCAUGCCGGAAAAUGCUCUUUCCACUGAAGCGGUUGAUGUCGAGAUGGUGUUCUUGACUGCAAUUAAAGUGGUCAAGUUUGGAAGCCUCUUUGGAUUUAUUGGUAGACCAAGACGGUAAUCAACUUCAGCUCUUUCGAUUUCUAGUUCGAGGAUAGAUCUGUCAAUGUUGAGACAGCUGAAGGUAUUCAGUAGCACAUCUAGUUCACUUAAGACCAAGUAGGUAUCUGAACCUGCAUUAAGAGCAUCGAUAGCUCUAAGGAUGUCUAUGUUCUUAGAGUCAAAUCUGACAUUAAAUUCAUCGUUGAGUUUCUUCUUCAGCUCUGCGUUGAGUUCUCCAAUAAAUUCUUUUAACUGAUCACCCUGAUCAUCGGGAGUCGUAACUGUUGUAGCUCUAGUGUUGUGGAUAGGCAUUGUGUCGCAGAGAGCUAAGGGGUUUCCAGUCUUUCUUGAAAUUUCUUUCGACUCAAUGAGUAUGUCCUCGUCUUUGAUGUUAUUAAUUGAAUCCCGAGUUCGAGUCAGCUCGUAUUGAACGUCCGUCCAAUCAAUUUUUUCGGCCUGAAGUUCUUUAUUAAGGAAGUAUAGCUUGCCGAGAUACUUAUGAAGUGUUGUCACACCGACGAUGAAUUUUCCUGACAUCAGUUUGUGGUACAGUCCAGCUGCUGUUUCUGCCUGCGAUUUUGUAUACCCAUACUCAUCAUCGUCCGAAUCUUCAUCAUUUUCACCGGGGUUGUUUGCCACGUCUAUCAGGGUCGUAAGGACAACAUCAAAUCUUUCAGAUAUAACAUCAACGGCUUCGUAUUUGCAUCCCCAACGAACAUCGAUUUGCUGCGUAAUAUGUUUAACUUGUUUGCUAGGAUACAUUUCUCUGUGGAGUGAUUCGUACUUUUGUCUGAUCUUCGGUUUAUUGAGCAGUGUAUGGCAGGAUUUUACUGUGGUCAUAACAUCCGUUGAUGACAAAGACGCCUUCAGCAUGUCUCCCACAACCAAAUUCAACGAUGGGCAGUACAAUGGAUGUAAACAAGCCACUUAAAAUACCUCGAUCGAAGCAGUUCUGCGACUCCUGCUAACCGACCAGACAUCACGCUAGCGCCAUCUGCGCCGAGGCUGAUAAUAGGCGAUCCGUUGGAUUUCUGCUGGACUUUAGAGAUCAGGUCUUUCGUCACUGCUGAAAUAGCUUCUGCAUCAAAUUUGGUGAGUGCAGUCAUGGAUAGGAAUCUCUCUUGUACCUUCUCAGUGUAGUAGCGAACAGAGAAAGCGAGCUCUUCUCUCUUGCCCUUGUCUUUGCUUUCGUCUAUCAGUGCACUGAAGCACCCGGCAGUUGCGAUCUGAUGGCAUAUCUGGUUCCGUAUCUGAACCGCGAGUAUAGACAGCAUUUCAUUGAGAGACGUUUUACUAGUAUAGUCGACAAGAAGCCUUUUAUCUGUUAUCGCUUGGUGGAGACUUCGAAACUCCUUGUUCGUCUUCAGUUGCAUCUUUAUAAAAGUUGUCCAGUUGCCUGGGUUCUUCGAAUCAGCCGCCUCGUCAUGGCCCCGGAAUGCUAUUUCGUUCGUUGCAAACCAAAUUACAUACUGGAACAGAAGUUUAAAGUACUCUCUGUUGUUUUGAAUUGUUUUCGCUUGGUCGGGAACCAGUUUCUCGAGUAUACUUGUAUCUUGUCCAUCUGAUAUUCGGAGCUUUGCCUUCCAUUUCUCGUAGCAAACUUUAUGAACUUCUGAUUUCUGGUGUUUCAUAAAACCUUUGUCCUUGUCUAGGGCAUUAGUCCACUUUCUAAAGCCAGUUACGGUAAAUGUGGUGUCUGCUGAACUUCUUGAGCCGAAGUUUUUACAAGCAAAGCAAAAUGCUGCAUCGCUUUGAACGUUAUACUCUAACCAGUCGAAGCGGUUGUACCAGCUCGCGUUGAAAGAUCUUGUUUUUUUGCUUGGAAAGUUUGUAUUUAUCGGAAAUUUCUGGAGCUUCGGCUGUGAUGGUUUAAUGUCCAAUUCUUGACUGAGAUCACAGGAGCUUGCUUGGCUAGUUUGAGGGGCGGAUUCCUCUUGAGUCUCUUCAGGAUCACAAAUCGUAUGAACUUCAUCUGGUCCAGCAUCAUCUCGUUCAGCAUCAUCUCGUUGAGUAUCAUGGUCAUCUCGUUCAUCUUCAAGUUCUUGAUCUUGAUCAAUUGGUUCGACAUCAUCUAGUUGUGCAUGUGGGUCUGAUUCUGGAAAGAAUAAAGUGAUCAGCGAACAUACAGUCGAGUCGGCCCAAUUGGCCAAAUAUAAAAAAUGCAUGUAUGUGCCCAGCCGAGUAAUGAUUCUAGAGAAAAGCCGCCAUAAUACAUUUUGCGACAUGAAGCAAACAAGCGUGGCAACAGUAUGAAAAUUAAUGAAUAAUUUAAAAUAAAAUAAUAAAUAAUACUGCAGAAAGCUUUGAUAAUUCUGAUGAUUACUCACCUUUGUUUUUCUUUUGGAAAAAGUGUGCAAGCGUCGGUUGGUGCCUUUUCAUUGUUGUCUCUCUUUGGUUCACCCAACAUAUCGCAAAUCAAAAAUCACUCACGUUAUUUUCACAAAAUAAUAGCUAUAUUAGAAGUUCUUCACGAUUCACUUUCACUCAUGAAUAAUGCAUAAAGUGCACCGGCUUUUAUACUAACGGUUAGAGUAAAAUAUGACUUAAUUCACUAAAAAUAAUCUAUGACAUAUUGCUGAUGUAAUACACUACACUAUGAGUAAGCAAAUUCAAUUGAGAGCCAAUGGACCUAUUCCCUAAUGCACAAAAUUUUGAUCUAGACGAGUCUAGACAAAAAUUUCAUCACAGCUUGAAAGAGCAUCACAAAAUUAGUAAUAUUCUUACGUUUCGUUGCGAAAUGUUGUAAAAUGCGGAUAAUAUAGCCCUGCGAAGUUUGCCGUUUUUCAGUCAUUUUGUAUUACGCACGGGAAAUUGAUACCUUUUUCAGAAGGCGGUAUCAAUUUCCCGUGCGUAAAUACAAAAUGAAAAACGGCAAACUUCGCAGCCGCAGGGCUAUCUAUAUAUUAUCCGCAUUCGGCAUUUCGCAACGAAAUUUCGGAAUAUUACUAAUUUUGUGAUGCUCUUUCAAGCUGUGAUGAAAUUUUUGUCUAGACUUGUCUAGAUCAAUAUUUUGUUCAUUAGGUAAUAGGUCCAUCGCAAAGCUGAACCAUGUCAGAUUUCGUCAUAGUAUGGGCGCUAAAAUAUUGCAUUGUCAUGCAAAAUUAUUCUGGCAAACAUAAACAAGGUUAAAGGUCAGACACACAUGACAGAAUGUCGAAAAAAGAAGCACGCAAUUUUCAUAUUCUAUUGAUUUUAUUGUCGCUUUCCCUCCGGUUUUCUUUCUUUAUUUAAUAUUUUCUACAUGCCUUCAUACACUUUUAAAAGCUGGUGAGAACCUCACCAACGAUCUGGAGAUCACUUGGACUUUGUUCGUCUUCUGCCACUGGCACUGUUCUCAAGUUUCGAUUCAGUCGUUUCACACGCCAAAAUUAGACUUGCGCUCGUAAUAUUAUUCUUCGCCUUUUCACUGAAAUUUUUGGCUUAGUAUUCUACCUUGUUUUUUCACCAAAGUUUAGUUUAGUCGUAGCUUUUUAUCUGGUCUUUUUACUAAAAUUGAACAUGCGUUUGGAUAUUUAAUCUUUAGACGUUUUUACGUAGUAUAUUUAGUUUUAUAAAUACUUGUCUUAGUAUAUAAAUAUAUAUAUAAUUGCAUUUGUUGAAGGUAUCAGCUGCCAAAUGUAUAAGUUUCUUUAAAUUAAAUAAACUGCUAUAAUAAUAAUAACCUACAGUAAGCACGCCAUUUUCGAAUUUUUCUGGGGGGUGCUAGAAAAUUUUGGGGGGGUGCGCACCCCCCUGCACCCCCCCAGAAAAUCCGCCCCUGCUCUGCUAUCUCAAACCAAUUUUGCUUCCCUUGACGGAAAUUUAGCCAGUUUUCUCGAACUCUAUAACUUUAAUACCCAGUACGUUGUUUUCAUUAGGUAGUGCAUGCACGUAUUUGAUUCUUCAGCGUAAACAUGAAUGCUUGUUAAUAAAGAAUGCACCAUUUAUAAAGAAUGCACCAUUUUAGUAUAAAAUUGCUUGAAACGUCGAAGUUCUGUUUGUAUUUUUCAAGUACUAGUUGUAUCUCUACAUACCGCUGCUGCUUAAUUUUUAUUUCCAUUUUCCUUUUAACCUUCAUCUGAAAUAUCUAUAGUCAAGCAAACAUUCUUAAUUCUUCUUUAAAAUAAUUGUUUAGAAGAUAGUGAUUAUGAGCCUGAGCAAGAAACGGUCUAUGAAAGUGAGGAUGACAAUGAUGACGAAGAAAAAGAAAAUGACAGCGAUUUUAGUGAAGAGGAAGUCAGAAGAAAAACUGUUUCAAAAGAAAAGAAGACAAAAAGCAAACAAUCGUUUUCGGACAGCAAAGAAUCGGGUAUGCAUUGUUGAAAUUUUCACAAUUUUCAUUGAUCUACAAAAUGAUGUUUUACACGGACGUGCAGACACUGUAUUGUAGCUAUAUUUUGUUAUACUUAUGUGAUGCUCUGUACUCUUGGCAAAAAUUUUCGAAUAACCAGCUAAUUACACAGUAAUUUAAAUACAUUUUAUUUAAACUGAACAUUAUUAUAUUCGGUUAUAUAUUAUAUGUUCAACUUGCUAAUAGCUCUUCGCCUUUUCUGUGUGGCAGGAAUGGAUCUAGUCAGAUCAGGGAGGGGGGAAGGAUGUUUGCUCAUCGAGCCUUGGCCAUGGUUUAGAGUGCGACCGUUGACCAAGAGUAUAAUCAUGCACUCGAGGGAACUAGGAUAGCAGUGUUUGGCGAACCAGAAAAAUACCCCUAGCUGGUGGUAAGGGUGGUAGGAUAUUGCCUUUCUAAAUAAAACAAUUGACUUGUACGCACAAUAAACUGUAUAUUUGGAUAUUGUAAACUAUGCGUUAUAUAACUUGUAUUUUAGUCCGUCGUAACGUAUAGUAUACUAGGCCUAGAAAAUAUAUUUUUCUUCCUGUCAGCAAAAUCCCAAAAUAAUCCUGUACGGACCAAUUGUAAAACUUCCAGCAUUUAGGUAGGUUUCUGAGACUUUGUAUGCUACGCAUGGUGCUACCUGAAUCUCUGCAUGCAAAAGACAAUUUUGACUUGAAAAUACUUUAGGAAGUUUUUAAACAGUUAGCAUAUUAUAUGGAAUUCCAAUGUACGAGAUGACAAAAUUUCCUGUAAGAUGUAAAUCAACUUUCAAGAUUUCCUGGCAGCAAAUUGGGAAUCACUGAGAAGCUCAAAUUUUGUUAAAUAGUUAUAUCUUGGCCCUGCCGGUUAUUGUCCAGCACUGACGUGUAUAAAUGCAGACUUCGCAAUUAGCUGAAACGCUAGCAGUUCCACUACUGGGACUAGUUGUUCAAAGCUUGGUUAGCUUAACCCUAAGUUAACCUAAAAUUCAAAGCAAACUUCCGGACAGCUUGUCUAUAAAUUUGGAAAUAUUUCUUCAGAGAUCUUGUCUGGAUCGAUAGGAGUUUACUGCUCUGAAGUUUUGAAAUAAACGCCAGAAAUACACAAACUAAACCAGCAGGUUAAAUUUUAACCCAGGGUUAGCGCUAACGCACCUUUGAACAACCGGCCCCAGGUCAGCAAAUUUAAGUUGUCAACAAAAUGUGUAUGCAUGUAGUAAUAUUCAAAACUCUGCAUGAAACUUUAUUAUCCUGAAAUUAAAAUGUGGAUAACUUUAUCAUACUGUACAUUCAUAAGAUCGAAAGAUGUAGAAGAAAGUUCGUUUACUUUCCUCUUUUGCUCUAAAUUCGCUUCUUACGCAAACUCACAGAUGGGCGAUUUUUUGGCGUCCUGACAUGAGGAUAAGUGGGCAAUCAGGUCGGCAUUUGCCGAUUGGCCACCCGGGUUGCGAGGCCUGCAUUUGUUAAUAUAGGCAUCUACAGCAUGGCCUGCAGUGUGGUUGCUAAAGUGUCGUUUUUCAUUUGUUUUUAAAUAGUGACUGGUAAUAAGAAACAGACGUCUGUUGUAAAAGAAACAGAGAAACAGUUACCAUCGGAAAUAUCAGCAUCUCGCACCAAAACGACCACCACAAACCCAAAACCUGGUGGCCUGGGUAAGUUGAAAUACUCCCCUAUCAUUUGCUUCGUUACAACUCAUCCUUGAUAUACAUAUUUACUACUUUCCGGCUUUUUACCCUCCGCUAUGCGCACCCCCUGAAACAUGCAACGAAAUUAUGGAAUGCCAUCUUCAAAUUUGGGCGGUUUGAAAAUGCUCAAAAUUUGUGUAUUGACCAUGCACUGUAUACUUUAUGGCUUAAAUUGGCAAAAUAAAUUAAUUAUACAGUAGGUCUUUAUAUAGUUUUGUAGUAUGGCUUCUCUGAUUGGCUAUAUUUUCAGUCAAUCCCAGUGUUGGUAAUUAAUUCACACUGAUCAUGCAUGCAUUGGUUGAUUGGAUUUCAUAUUUUUUUAUUUAAUGAAUAUACAUAUAUUUGCAGUGGAGUCUCACUUGAAAUGCAAACUUAGAGGCCACUAUAACGUUACUUGCAUGGCAUUACAAGUUCCUGUUGCGCGGAGUAAAAUACAAAUUGUUACUUUUAAUACAUUUUCCGAAAGAAGGAUUUCGUUUUGUGUAAGGUCUGUUUCUGUGCCAAAUUUCUAUUUCCAGGAAAAAAGCCGUCCACUACAACUUCCUUGGGAAGCCCAGCAGUCAACAAGGAUCUCCGCUCUUUUGGUCUCGGUGGAGUUAUAAUAAAAAAUCCUGGGCCUCCAAUACGUGUGGGUCUAUCACGGAAUAUGAAAGUAAAACCUUUACACAGUAAGGUCUCCGUUUCUCAUUAGGAGAUCUAUUCUUGUACAUAGCAUGAUUUUAUCCAGUAAUAUCGUAGAAAACGUUACACAUGACAAAAAGUAACUCUAUGCGAACUGGAGUGUUAUUUCUGCACAUCGAAAUUAGGCGAUCUUUUAAACAAAGUAAAUUAAUGUAUCGUUAUUUGACCCGAAUAGAACCUCGUGUUUUAAAAAUGGUGAAUACGAGCGAUAACGCUAUAUGCGCUGUUUGUUUACGUGCCUUAAAGUUGCUUUCCAUACAGUCAUGUAUUUUUAUUCGUACGUACGCACUCUGAAAAUUUUAAACUCAUUUCAUAUCAUUAUUUAACAAAUAGGUUAACAAUUAUACUCUAAAUCAUACUGAACAUUAAAUAUCGAACUUGUUAAAUAUCAUACUGAACAUUUUAAUGUUCAGUUAAACUGCUAAUUUCCGGACUAAGGACCUUCGCUCGAUACGAUGUACUUUUAUGUUUUUCAAGUGUAAUUAUCAUAUACAUGCAUACGACUUUGAAGUUUAUAUUCUUUGCUACUUACAUUGGGCUAGAAAUAGCACAAAUCCACACCCUUUUUAUUCAUAGUCACAUUCUCUAUUUUUAAAUAUCGACCGGCAUUCUUUAUUACCUCCACAGAGUUUGGUUGAGCGACAAACAAAACAGGGGGGUCGACUUGUCUUGCUUGCAGCAUUUUCGUUUUGCGUUUCGAACCAAAAAGUGAGAGAAUGUGACUAUGAAUAGAAAACGUGUGGAUUUGUGCUAUUUCUAGCCCAAUGUAAUAAAGGCGAAAAAUAUAAACUUCAAAGUUGUAUGUGUAUGAUAAUUAUACUUGAAAAAUAUAAAAGUACAUCGUAUCGAGCGAAGGUCCCUUGUCUGGAAAUUAGCAUUUUCGUUUUUCAGUUUGAAGUAUGGCUUUUUUAAAUUAUUUGGGGGUAAGCAUCCUCUUAGCUUCCGUCACUGCAUGAUGAGGUGACUUUUAUGGGAGACCGUUUCAAGAGAUUUACUAUCAUGCAGAUGCUUGGCGAAUUUUUAUUCAAUUUCUAUCAAACUGUUUCGCCGAAUUGUAACUUUUCAACUAAAGCUUGCACGAACGUCAUUUCGUAGCCAAGGCAUACACCUACAAAGUGUGCAAAUUUAAGAACAAUCCAUCAAGAGGUUUUAUAACGCACGCUUAUAAAUAUUGUCGCCUUUUUAGUGCAGUAUAUACGGCUCAAAAUUAAUGUGCCUGAAAAUUGACUUUAAUGCUAUAUAGAAGCUUUCCCGCCAAGCAUUCAGACUUCGGAAAGCGUUUUACUUGAUAACUUAUUGAAUUUUUUCCUGACGGCAGAUCUAUUUCUAAGCCACAAGAAUGUGUGGAAAAAUUUUUUUUACGUUGUUUGGGGUAUUCUGUAACCAUCAUCAUGGGAUGCCCAAAUUGGCCUAACUUCGAACAGUUGUCAGUUGACCUCAAACUACACGAUUUGAAGAUUGCCGUUUGACGUUAUAGCGGUCUGCCAUAAACGUGAAUUUUAAGGUCUCUUUUUCCGUGCGUGUACAUAUACGUAUAAAAGCACAUGGCUGCAUGGAAUUAUUUUACUUCGUGUUCAUUAAUAUCAACACAAUGCCGGCUUUACGUUCUGUCGAGUAAUAAACUGCAUGCGUAGAGGAGUGGAAGAAUGUCUAAGUAUAUUUUGAACUACACAAAGUCCCCCUGCGUAGAGUCGCUUCAGAUAUGCAUGCAAGAAUACUGGAAACACGUUUUUACAUAAUGUAAAUGGUUUAGCAGAAUUAAUAUAUAGAUGACUAUAAAUAAACACAUGCAAGGGCAGAAUUUCUAGUUUUGUGUACGAUUUAAUGUAAUCGUUGGGGUUAUUAUAGUACUUAUAUAAUCCAGAACGUUUUACACUUUUCCAUGCGUAUCGCAUGAUACGUAUGAAAAACGCUUAAUCGGAAUGCAACCUUUAGAAACA